AUGUCGAAGAACCCAUUGCUGUCCGAUGAUUCAUCUGACUUGGAGGACGACAUCUCCCUGUCGCGCGGAGGUUAUGCAUCACCUCCCAGCAUCUGGCCACAGCGGGUCCUUCGCUUGCUACAAUGGACCGAGCACCUGCUGCUAGGCACUGCUAUCUGCAUCAUCGUUGUUCUGUCAGCAACAUGGGGUCGGCAGAGCCGAACAGAUGCACAGUGUGGCCGACAGCUUUCGGCGUUCUCUUUGCCAAAGUUGCUUGACCUCGCGGUCGGCAGCUACCAUGACCAUCAUUUCCAGGGAUCACUGCUCGCAAGCAACGAGUACAAGGACCCGCCAAGUCUGUCACCACCGAGCAAGGCCGUGGAUGAGACUUGGGAGAUCUUCAAAACCAUCGGUGCAAUCCAUAUCACUGAAGACGACGUCAGAGCACUGGGCAAAGAUCCGCGAAAGACUGUGAGAUGGCCGGAGAAGUAUGGCGGCGGGUAUAUAGGCUUCGUGGAGUCUUUGCAUAUGUUGCACUGUCUGGACUUUGUUCGGAAGAUGACUUGGGGUGAGCAUUACGCUGGUGACAAGUAUUUUCAGGAAGACGCAUUUGGUGUUCGCAGACAUGCUGACCACUGCAUUGAUAUCAUCCGCCAGGCACUGAUGUGCAAUGCGGACGUUGGGAUCUUCACAUAUGUCUGGGUAGAGGGGUAUCCGAAACCAUUUCCCGAUUUCGAUGUUCAGCACAAGUGCAGGAGUUUCGAUGUCGUGCUUGAUUGGGCCAAGACAAAUCAGGUGUCUGAUGUUGUGCUGGCUGAUUUGGACAGGAAUGGAACGGAGGUGAGGGAGGGAUUUCUUCGUUCAUAG